AUGAUUGUGAAAGAAUAUCACCCAUUCAGUAUAGUUGAAGACAGUGAAUUUAGAAAACUGAUUAAUAUGUUGUCACCCACGUAUAUUAUUCCUUCGAGGAAGACUGUUUCAAAUAGCUUACAUCGAGAAACAAUCAAAGUUUUUUUGCAAAGUUUUCCACUGAGUCAUACCGCUGAUAACAUUUCUGAAUUUAUGAAAGAUACUGUGGCUGAGUGGCGAUUGUCUGAUAGAAUAUCUGCAGUAGUGACUGAUAAUGCAUCAAAUAUGAAGUCUGCUAUUGAUAAAUGCAAUUGGAGGAGAUUAUCGUGUUUUGCACAUACAAUUAAUUUAAUCGUACAUAAUGGUAUUGAGGUGAUUGAGUCCAUUGUAGAUAAAGUAAAGGAUAUUGUAUCAUUUUUUAAAAGGAGUUCACAUGGCUUGGCAAAGUUGCAGGAAAUGCAAAAGCAAACUGAUUCUCCAAUUUUAAAACUUAAGCAAGAUUGCCCUACUCGUUGGAACUCCACUUAUGAUAUGCUUGAUAGAUUCUUAAAAAUUAAAGAGCCAAUUAUUGCCACUUUAGCUAUUUUAAAUUAUAGUCAGAUUAAUCCUCUCACUCCUAAUGAUUGGAUUAUUCUUGAAAAGUCAAAAGAUCUAUUAAAAAUAUUUUAUGAUAUCACAACUGAAAUAGGUGCUGAAAAAUACAUAACGAUUUCAAAAGAAUUAAUUUUUGUAAAUGCUUUACAAAAGUAUACAAAAAGAUUUAUUAAUGAUGUGACCUUACCCCAAGAAGUUUUAAACAUGGCAGCAAUUUUAAACAAACAAUUGUUUAUUCGGUUUGGAAGGUUAGAAGAUGAUGUCCUAGUAGCUCAAUCUACACUAUUAGAUCCCAGGUUUAAAAAACAUGGAUUCAUUGAUGCUCGAAAAUGUAAUACAGCCAUAUCAGAGUUGCGCGAGAAACUGCAGAGUAUACGGACCGUACAAGAUGCACUUCCACAGCAAACAUCAGCUUCUUCGACAGCACCAAUUCCAAAUGAAAGCUCUGACAUAUGGAAAGAGUUUGAUCAAACUGUCACGAAUGUUAUUGGUGGACAUAAUACAGGUGCAGCUGGGAUAAUAGAACUGGACAAAUAUUUAAACGAAGCAUUAAUCAAUAGACAUGAUAAUCCGUUACUUUGGUGGUCUGAAAGAAAAAAAAUUUAUCCACGGAUGUACGAACUUGUAAAACGACGUCUAUGUUUAAUGGCAACAUCAGUGCCCUGUGAAAGGCUAUUUUCAAAAGCCGGACAAGUGGUCACUGACCGCAGAAGUAGACUGGAAUCUAAAAAGAUAUCACAAAUUUUAUUUUUAAAUCAUAAUAUGUAA